AUGACAGUUGAUGUUGGCUCUCACUGCUUCUUUGAUCAUCCACGGGAAUCGUGGGUUGUGGCACGAGUACAGGGAAAAUCAGCUAAUGGAUACACCGUGAAAACAGAUGAUGCCGAGCGUAAAUGUGUUGGAGAGGAAUUCACAGAUGUGCGGGAUACACAACUGGCGCCCUGUCGUGAGGAUUUAUUGGAUGAACAACCAGAUGAUCUUCUCACACUCACAGUUUUGCAUGAUGGCCCAUUACUGCGGUGUUUGUAUAUGCGGUACUUUCGGGAUAUUAUUUACACCAACAUUGGAGCUAUUGUAGUGGCAAUUAAUCCGUUUAAUUUUCAUAUACCAUGGUAUCAAGAUAACAAGAUGGGAGAAUAUCUACAGGAAGGACCUGUGAUUGAAAAGAAUAUACCCCAUUCAUGGGCUCAGGCACACAAUACAUAUCAUGAGAUGAUUUCAGAUGGGGCAAAUCAAUGUAUUCUUGUUUCUGGAGAAUCUGGAGCAGGAAAGACAGAGGCCACUAAAAUUGUAAUGAAAUAUCUUGCUCAAGUAUCGUGUAAACAAGGUACAGAAGAAGAGAAAAAAAAAGGUCUUUUAGUUGGGUCAAAAUUAAAUGCCUGUUCACCUAUUUUAGAGUGUUUUGGAAAUGCUCGUACCGUACGUAAUGAUAACAGUUCUCGAUUUGGUAAAUUUAUGAAAGUUAAAUUUAAUGAAAAAGGACAACUUGUUGGGGCAGAGACUACAAAAUAUCUUUUAGAGAAAUCACGUAUCGUCACGGCUGCUGAAGAUGAACGAGUCUAUCAUAGUUUUUAUCUUUUACCUCGUGGAUCUAUGGGAGCUAAACUUCAACUGGAGAAUGAAACCAUGUAUAAGAGUCUAAACGCUGGAAAGUGUCUGCAGAACUCAGAGUACAACACCGCAGAAGACUUUAAUGAAGUUAUGAACGCCAUGGUAGAGAUUGGCAUGCAGGAGAAUGAAAUACAAUCCGUGUGGUCUUGUGUAGGGGGAAUUCUAUCGCUUCUUAAUGUUAGUUUUGAAGCCGAUGGAGAGGGAGCUCGAGUAGAAAAAGCUACAGAGAAGUAUAUUAAAAAAGCCGUUGCUCUCUGGGGAAUUGAUGAGACUAUAUUAUUAAAAGAACUCGUCACAACAACACUAGUGGUACAAAAGACAGAAACAGUGAAAUUAUUACGCCCAACACUUGCAGUAGAUGCCCGUGAUGCUCUUGUAAAAGCCUUAUAUGAUGGUUUAUUUGGAUGGUUAGUGAAUAAAAGUAAUGAGUUAUGUGAUGCCACUGCAACAGGAAAUUGGAUUGGUUUAUUAGAUAUUUUUGGUUUUGAAGACUUUAAGAAAAAUAGUUUUGAACAGCUUUGUAUUAAUUUAACAAAUGAGUCUUUACAAAAUCAUUACAAUAUAUAUAUAUUUGACAAGGAUAUGCAAGAAUGCCGUGCAGAGGGUAUUGAUGUGACAGAGGUAAAGUGUCCAGAUAAUUUACCAUGUGUACGACUUAUAGUAGAUAAAGGUGGUAUCCUUGCAUUACUGGAUGAGGAAUGUACACUUGGUAAAGGUAAUGAAUUGGAAUUUCUUGAAAAAGUUAAUCAAGCACAUGGUGGAAAAAAUAAAUUCUUUGAAAAGAAAAAAGUAAGUCGUGAUACCUUUAUUAUUCAUCACUAUGCCGCAAGUGUUACAUAUGAUGUUAAUGGAUGGCUAGAUAAGAAUCGAGAUACAUUGAAAGAUAAUAUGAAAACAAUGAUGCGUAGUUCACAAGAUCCUCUUAUUCGUGAAUUAUUAGAAGCCCCAUCACCACCAGAAGCCCGUAGUAAACGUGUAACGGUUGGUUCUUUCUUUAAAGAACAAUUAUCAAUAUUAAUGGAAGUUAUUAACAGUACGAAUCCUCAUUGGAUUCGCUGCAUUAAACCACAUCCAGCAAAAAAACCAAGAAUGUUUGAUGGUGUACAAACGAUGAAACAACUUGCCUCUAGUGGAGUAUUAGGAACCGUACAAAUACGAAAAGCGGGAUAUCCAGUACGAAAUAUAUUUGAUAAAUUUAAUAAACGUUAUAAAAUCAUUGCAGGUGAUAAAGCUACGGGAAAAAGCGGUCGAGAAUUAGCACAAAUUAUUCUUACCGUGUGUGAUAUGAAUAAAAAGAACUUGUCCCAGAUUGGUAAAACUAAAGUAUUCCUAAAGGCAGAAGCCUUUCCUAUGAUUGAACGUUAUCGAAAAGAGGCUCUUUUUAAAUUUUGUUGUUCUUUACAGAGAGUUGGUCGUGGAUAUCUUAAUCGUCUACAAACAAAUCAUGAGAGUUGUGAAGCGAAACGUAAACGACUUGUGGAAUUACUCACACAGGAGUAUCGGGCGUAUGUAAGACGUUCAGCGGAUAUCCGUGAGGCGAAAGCACGAUGGCGUAAAGAACAAGAAAUAUUAUUUCGUAAAGGAAGCAUGCAAUUGUAUGAAGUGUGCGCUAGAGAAAAAGAUCAAAUGUAUACCGAUGGAACUCAGACAUUACUCACCUUUUCAAAAGCAUUAGAGCAAUCGAUUAAAGCUCUUAAAUCAAGUCAAGCUGAUAGAGAAAAAGAACGUCAGAAUCUCAUGGAUGCAGACAUGAUAGAAAGAGAAAGAAUGUUAAAAGAGGCAUCUAUGUAUAUUGAAGAACUUCGUCGUGUCUUUUAUCAAGAACGUUUAUUAUUUGUAACGAUGCUUUUGGAAGAUUUAGAGGAUCUGGAAUUAGAACAAAGAUGUCAAAUUCGUGCUUGUGAACAGGAGGAACGGAAUAACUUAUGGCGUGCCUACUCUUCACGGUGUAUUUCCCAACAGUUAGUAAUGCUUGUAAAGCAAUCUAUAUAUGAUUAUCAUUUGAUGGAAGCCAUGGAAGUAUUACAGCGAGAAGAAAUUCGAGAAAGACGGGCACUGGAGCAACGACAUCGAUCAUAUCAAAAAUCAUUUCUUCGACAAUCUCGUGAUAUGAAAUUAAUCGCACGUCAAUUAACACACAAACGAAAUCAAUUUGAAGAGGCACGAAUGAAACAAGUAAUGCUCUUGCAGGAAGUACGAGAGGCAGAGCGGAGAGAACUACGGAGUCAAUCACUUCCAUCGCCAAUAAGUCUUAUUCUCCCAAACACAAAUAGAGAAGAUAGUGCAGCAUCACAUUCGGUGUAUGAUAUAAACCGUACAGCUCUCUCUUUAUCAUCGCAGAUAAUGUCCAUCCAACAACAACAACAAGAAGAAGAAAAAGAAAAAGAAGAAGAGAAAAAAUAUCGAUUAAAUACAUUCCCUGUUGUUUCUACUAAUGAAAUUGCCUCAAGGCAGCCAUAUAUGAAACCUUUUUUGAUCGAUAAGUUUGGGAAAUAUGAUGUUAUUCCGUUAUCUGAGUCUCCUUUAAAGAUACCUUAUCAAUAUUCUUCUUCAUCUUCUACUUUUAAUUAUUCUCCAUUACACAACGGAGAACGACAAAGAACACGAGAGUCAUCUCUUCCUUCUCACAGUUCUCCAUAUUGGGAAUUCUCUCCACGCCAAUCAGCUCCAUUGACACAGUCGGCCACCGUGUAUGAGGCAAUCUCACCUGCUACUGGGAAGAAUUUCUCAGCAGGAGUACGGGCAACUUCAUACAGUGGAGUACAGGAAUCUGUUCCUUCAGCUCCGAGGUAUAAGCGUUCCAAACGCUGGAUGUGA